AACGUUCCACUUCCCCUUUCAUCACUCAAUUUUACCACGAUGGUUUCCCCCGCUUACGACCAACAUAAUCACAUCAAACUUACCCCUCGCCCCAAGAUCCUCAACACCAUCUUGGACAAUGUUGGUCGAACUCCUCUUGUCCGAAUCAACAAGAUUGCCAAGGAGGAAGGAUUGAAGUGUGAACUUUUGGCCAAGUGCGAGUACUUCAAUGCCGGUGGUUCCGUCAAGGAUCGUAUCGCUUUGCGCAUGAUUGAAGAAGCUGAAAAGGCCGGUACCAUCACCCCUGGUGUGAGCACCAUCAUUGAACCCACUUCGGGUAACACAGGUAUUGGUUUGGCUUUGGCUGCCGCUGUCAAGGGUUACCGUGUCAUUAUCACUUUGCCCGAGAAGAUGUCCCAGGAAAAGGUUGAUGUUCUCAAGGCAUUGGGUGCCGAGAUCAUUCGUACUCCCACUGAAGCCGCAUGGGAUGCCCCCGAAUCUCACAUUGGUGUCGCCAAGAAGCUCCGCGACGAAAUUCCCAACGCAGUGAUCUUGGAUCAAUAUGCCAACCCUUACAACCCUGUUGCUCAUUAUGAUACCACUGCCGAAGAAAUCUUGGAAGACUGUGAUGGAAAGAUUGACAUGUUGGUGGCCGGUGCUGGUACUGGUGGUACCAUCACUGGUAUUGCUCAAAAGCUCAAGGAAAAAUGUCCCAACAUCAAGAUUGUUGGCGUUGAUCCUCACGGUUCCAUUCUUGCCGUUCCCGAAUCCUUGAACACCGCCAGUGGUUCGUACCAAGUCGAAGGUAUCGGUUAUGAUUUCAUUCCCGAUGUUCUUCAACGUGGUUUGGUGGAUGAAUGGUUCAAGUCGGAAGACAAGGCAUCCUUCUUGAUGUCUCGCCGUUUGAUCCGUGAAGAAGGUAUCUUGUGCGGUGGUUCCUCUGGUACCGCCAUGUAUGCCGCUGUCCAGGUGGCCAAGCAAUUGAAGGAAGGCCAGCGUUGUGUGGUCAUCUUGCCUGAUUCCGUUCGCAACUACAUGACCAAGUUCCUGAACGACGACUGGAUGAGAGAUCAUGGUUUCACAGAUGAAAAGUUUGAAUCUCAGAGCUUCGAAAACAAGGCACAAAAGGACUUUGGCUCCGCCACCGUGGAAAACUUGAAACUGGCUCCCGCCGUCACGGUUGACAGCGAGACUACCUGCAAGGAAGCUAUUGAACUGAUGGAACAAAAUGGAUUCGAUCAAUUACCCGUCACGGCUGGUCCUCACCGACGAUUGAAGGGUUUGGUGACCAUGGGUAACAUCCUUGCCCGUAUGGCGUCCGGUCGUGCUCAACCUACCUCUUCCGUGUCCGAUGUCAUGUUCCACUUCAACGAAGGUCGCAAGUUUGAGGAAUUCACCGUGAAGACUCCCUUGACUCAGUUGACUCGCUUCUUCGAGAACAACUCCAGUGCUUUGGUCACCGAAAAGAGCGAUGAUGAUGAUUUGAAGGUGAAGCACGUCGUCACCAAGGUCGACUUGCUCUCCUACCUCGUCAAGAACGUUAAAGCUUAAAAAAAACCAGCACUGAUUCACCUAUAGAAUUACAUUUGCAUGAUUCAUGGCCUCGUAUACACAGCAUCUAUCUAUAAUUCCAUUCCUAUUUUCAUUCAAUAUACAAACCUUAUCCCAU